GUUCUAUUAAAACAAUUUCGGCCUAGGAACAGACUUACUGGGGGUGGGGCUCAAAGGCAAAUAGGCGGAGGAAUGGUGACUGAAGGAGAAAGUGUGAUAGGCAAGAAAAGAGUGUGCUAGCGUAUAGCUAAGAGUAUGGUACUAUUGGACAAUGAUACGUUUUUGACUGGACUUACAAAGCUGUUUCAGUCUACGAAAGUUUCUGGAUCUGUCUUUUUCACAAUGAAAAAAUAUAAUGGUCGCACUAAACCGGUACCAAGGAAGAAAAGUGCAUCAAAGGCCAGUGGUGGUUCCCCACGGAAGGGAUUGGGUGUAGCCUCAUCUCCGGAACCAGAGGAGAACCUCUGUUUGAUACGAGCCACUGACGGAAAGAAGAAAAUUAGUACUGUUGUUCAUGCAAAGGAUGUUACAAGGUUUCAAUUGGCGUAUGCUACCCUCCUCAAGACCAACCUAGAUGGACUGAAGAAACGAGAUAAAAAGACUGCCAAAGCUGCCGCUGCUAAGGCCAAGAAGUCAAAGGCUACUGUGUGAUGAACACUUAAUACAAUUACAAUUCACUGACACAUGUAAUUUUUCCAUAAAUCCACUUUUGUCAUUGUGCCUACAGUUAUACAUAAUUAUUAUGUGUGCAUGUAUAA